AUGGCAGCAGCAGCACCACCACCACCGGCACCCGUGGCCAUAGACCUCAAGUCGCAAGCCACAUUUCCGAUCCGCUUGGGGGCUAGCAUCUUGAAGUCUUCCUCUUCUCCUUCUUCUUCUUCUUCCUCUCCCUCCUGCUCCGCCGACGAAGGAAAGCGAUUUACGAAUCUACGAUAUAAUCAUAAACCUCAUUUCAAGCAUGGAGGGGGGGCGGCAGCGGCGGUGAAAGCGAGGAUUCGACAGGGAGAUGAGGCGGGCGAGAGCAGACUGGAGCUGGAAGAUGGGGAGGGGAAAUAUGCGUAUUCCGGAAGAUAUGGACACGACGAGGAGAGUUAUGUGCUGGUCAUCAGAGGGAAUGAGGGUGUGUUGGAGCGUGUGGGUACGACACAUGGGUUCAAUUUGAUCCAGACGCCGAGCGAGAGCGAUGCGGCGAAGCUGGCGGAGAGGUAUCCUCCUCUCGGCGGCGAGGAUGAGGGCGAGGAUGAUCUCUUCGGGGAGGAGGAGGAGGAUGCGCCGCCGGACGAGGGCAACCCGUUCGAUUACCGACAUUUCCUGAAAGCGGAGCUGGAGAAGGCCGAGAGUACGAAUGCGAAUCUGGACGCUUCGAGAACGCCGCACGUCGUGCCGAAGCCGACGGUGAGCACGGCGGCCACGAGCAAGCCUGCGAGACGUACGGGUACGGAGACGAAGACGGAACCGGCGAAGAAGCGCAAGACUCCGGCGACCAACAAGGCGAAUGCGAAGAGACUGAAGGCCGGACAGGAGUCUACAACAGCAUCAUCCGCUGCUGCCACCACCGCAGGGCCCGUGAAGCCAAAGGCAAAGCCCGAAGUACCCAAGAUCAAUCUGGAUCGCAAGGCAUCGCUCGACGAUUCCGGCGAGCUGAUCCUGGAGAACGAAACGCCCAUCACGGAGAAGCCGCCCAAACACAGCGCCAUGGCCCUCGCUCUGCAGGGCCAACUCAACGGACCCAUCAGUCUUCGCUCCGCGGCCAACAGCCCUGGCAGCCAUGUCGCUUCGCCCGCACCACAGCGUCCGGAAGGUGUAGAGGAGGCGUAUGUAUUCGAAUUCGAUGAUGAUCCCGAACCGGAACCGGAACCUACCAAGGAAAACGACGACGACGAGGAGGAAGAGGACGAAGACGCCAGGGAUGGAGAUGAAGAAGACGGCGAUGUGGAAGAUUUCGAAUUACCGUCGCCGGCGCAGAAUCGGGACAACAGAGAGCCUGCUCCCGGGGACGAAGAGGACGAUUUGGAUAAGCAACUCGCUCUGGCGAUGAUGGAAGAGGAUGAUGGAGGACAUCAGCAGGAGAGCGAGGAGGAAAGUGAGGAGGAGUAA